AAAAGGACGCGUAUCUAUUGCCAAUAGGUUUCUCAGCUUUUUGAAAGAAAAUAAUAGUGCUUGACGUCAUGAGAACGAUGAAUUUAUUUUAGCAAAGUCGUGCCGUUUUCGUAGUGACAUUUGUGUAAGAUAAUUAAUGUGUUUAGUGAAAUAGCGAAAAUGGAGACUGAUUGGAAUGUCGAAGAUCCGCCGACAACGAAGGUGACAUCCCUGACAUCCUUAGACACAGGAGUACGGCCCGCGCCCAGUGGAGCUGCCUAUGUAGCGGAGAGGAACACAUGUUUGAAUCUAUUCUCAAGAUGGAACGAAACGGACCAGGUGGAAUUUGUGGAGCAGUUGUUGGCACGAAUGUGUCAUUACCAACAUGGACAUAUAAAUGCAUAUUUAAAACCAAUGUUGCAGCGAGACUUUAUCAGUAUGCUACCAAAAAAAGGUCUAGACCAUGUAGCUGAGAAUAUCCUAUCGUAUCUAGAUGCUAAUUCAUUGUGUGCUGCGGAACUGGUCUGUAGAGAAUGGCAAAGAGUUAUCUCUGAAGGUAUGCUUUGGAAGAAAUUGGUGGAACGUAAAGUCAGAACUGAUUCAUUGUGGAGGGGGCUCGCUGAGAGAAGAGGAUGGAUCUUAUACCUAUUUAAACCGAAGCCGGGAUGUCAGCAUCCAUCUCAUAGUUUCUACAGACAACUAUAUCCGAAAAUAAUUCAAGAUAUACAAUCGAUUGAGGACAAUUGGAGGAUGGGUAGGCACAAUUUGCAGAGGAUAAAUUGUCGUUCAGAGAACUCGAAGGGGGUCUAUUGCUUGCAAUAUGAUGAUAACAAGAUAGUCUCCGGACUCAGAGAUAACACCAUCAAGAUAUGGGAUAGAAAGACGCUGCAGUGUGUCAAGGAGCUUCAAGGUCACACGGGGUCAGUACUAUGCCUGCAGUAUGAUGAGAGAGCCAUCAUAUCCGGGUCAUCAGACAGCACAGUCCGUGUUUGGGAUGUGACCACUGGUACUAUGCUGAACACGCUCAUACAUCACUGCGAGGCGGUGCUGCAUCUAAGAUUUUGUAACGGCAUGAUGGUGACAUGCAGUAAGGAUCGUUCGAUAGCUGUAUGGGAUAUGACGUCAACAACUGAGAUAAUGUUGCGACGUGUACUUGUUGGUCAUCGCGCUGCUGUAAAUGUGGUCGACUUUGAUGAGAAGUAUAUUGUCAGCGCGAGUGGAGAUCGCACUAUCAAAGUAUGGAACACAUCAUCUUGUGAAUUCGUCCGUACAUUAAACGGACAUAAGCGUGGUAUCGCAUGUCUACAGUACAGGGACAGAUUGGUUGUGUCCGGUUCAUCUGAUAACACAAUCCGACUGUGGGAUAUUGAGUGCGGACAAUGUAUACGAGUGUUGGAAGGACAUGAGGAACUUGUUAGGUGUAUACGUUUCGACAACAAGCGGAUAGUAAGCGGCGCGUAUGACGGCAAGAUUAAGGUGUGGGAUCUGCGCGCCGCUCUCGACGUGCGCACGCCGCAUCAGGACCUCUGUCUGCGCACACUGGUCGAGCACACGGGGCGCGUGUUUCGUUUACAAUUCGACGAGUUUCAAAUUGUUUCGUCGUCGCACGAUGAUACAAUACUGGUGUGGGACUUCCUUAACUGUGGGACUUCGCCCCCCGCACCCGCCGCAGCCCCCGCACCCGCGCCGGCCCCCGCCCCCGCCCCCGCGCAGCGCCCGCCCCGCGCCUCGCCUGACAGGGAUCGCUUUUAUGACUAGGUAAUCCAAAAAGGUCGCAUGUCGGCCUUAACGCGCUCAUGAUGGUGACGAACGCGUCACUUGGCGCAUAGUGACGUUUGUGUGACAGUGACGGACAUGACAAACCUGUCAAGUGACACGGAUAACGUCAAGACUAUAUCGUGACAGGUCUCUACCUGUAAGAUCUCUACCGGACGCCUUUUACGCGUAGACUUUGUUACCACGGUUAAGUUUCGUCCAGUGAUUUGACAACUGUCAAACUCGAUUGACGUUUGGAUGGUGGCGGCACGCGCUCGUCAACGCUUCCAGAUACGACGGCGUCUUUGAGAGACGCUUAAUGUUAUGUGUAUAUAGUAUGGAUUUUUAUUUAUACAAGUUAUUCG